CGACCACAGUUUGAUGAUUCGGCGGUAGCAGUGAUCUAUGUUCAGGAUAUCAAGAAAAACUUUUAUAAGCGCUUCCUGUACGAACCGUUUCCAGUUGAAUCAAGCUUACUUCAAGUACUGCCCAAUCAUGUAAAUGCAGAAAUUUACGCAGGGACUAUUGGUUCGAAGCAGCAAAUUGUGGAAUAUGUUUCCAAUACGUACUUGUAUCGCCGACUUUUUGCGAAUCCGAGGUAA